AUGGAUCUGUUACAGGAGCAUAUUCAUGACGUGAAUGGUUAUGUACGUGCAAAAGCCUUACAGAUAUGGCAUAAUAUUGUAGUUCUUGGAGGUUUACCAGUCAGUCGUCAGUCGAAACUAGCCGCUUUAUUAGUUGGCAAUCUAGGCGCAAUGAUGGAUGUAUCUGCUUCAGCAAGAAAAAAUGCUUGUAAAACACUUACAGCCAUGAUAUUACAGUGUCCUGCUGCAAAGCUGACUACAAAUGAAUUACAACAAGUUGUAAAUAAAGAAACGAAACGUCUUGAAAGUUUAGAAGAGCUAUUAAUUCGUCAUAAAACUGUUAGUAAGCGAAAAACUAAACUCGGUACACUUGAUGAAAAUGAAACAGCAACUAAAGACGACAAUAAUGAUGAUAAUAAUAACGGAACUAACACUCAGAAAUCUCUAGCUAAAAAGAAAAAGUCUAAACGUAGAAAUUCAAAAGAAUCGAUCGCUGCCAGUGAAGAUAGUGGUCGAAAAAGAUUAUUUCGUCGUCGUGGUCGUCGAUCAAUUGAUUCAGAGGAUGAAGAACAAGCCACUGAUGACGAUGACGAAGAAGAGGAAGAUGAGGAAGAGAAAAGUGAUGACGAAGUUGACAUAGAUAAUAGUAAUGAUGCAAAUGUUACAUUGUGCCCUACAGCAGAAUUAGAUGCCGCAGCAGCUCUCGAAGCAGCAAUUCAUUCAGCAGCUGCAGUUGCCGCUGGGUCUGUCAAUAAUCUAUCAACUGAAAAUAAUUGCAUUGGUAUUAGAGGUGGUAAUGAUUUAAUGAUAGAAUCAUCUCCAUUGCGUUCAGCAAGUGUUGCACAAACACAAUUAACAGCUGAUGUAAUACGUCAACGGGCUUGUGUUGCUUAUCUGUUAGAAACAUCUUCUUUUAUAUUACAUAUUCAAACAGCGAUAAAAGAUUUUCAAUCGAUGCUUUCAUCAAAAACAAUAUCAGAUGUAAUAGAAGCCAUUGAAUUUUUUGUUAUUGCAAAACAAGCUGGUGUUAAAGGUCUAGAGAAUGGUAUACGUCUUUUAUUAACACUGAUAUGGUCACAAGAAGAAACUAUAAAGAAAGCUGUUAUAGAAGCAUGUCAGAAACUAUAUCUUCAACCAGAUUCUGAGGAACAUUUCAAAUCCGAUGGUACGCUAACUGUUGAAGGUGCUGAUUUAGUUGCAACAAACUUAAGCAAUUUUAUACGUGAUUCAGAAAUUGGUGAUCUAGUUAGUAUGGAACGAAUUAUUCAACAAUUAAUUGCAUCAAAUCACUUUGAUUCUACCUUAAUUGAUCAUCUUUGGCAAAGAUUUAUUCAGUCAGCUAGUCGAACUGAUAAAGAUAGUUCAGAUGAUGCAAAAUCAAUGUUGCUUAUCAUUAAAAUGAUUGUAAAAUCUGGAGCUAAAGAGAUCAAUCGCCAUCUCGAUACGCUUAUUCGUCACGGACUUGAACCUUUAGACUCAUCAUGUCCUAUUGAUUUAGAACGUGUUAAAUUCACCUGUGAAGUGCUUGGACGAAUGGUUCCAUCAACUAAGUCUGAUAAAUCAGGUGAUAAAUCUUCACUUUUAAAACCAUUUCGACUGCCUACCAAUCAUGUUUUGUUUACUCGAUUGAAAACAAUUCUUAUUUCUACAGUAUCCCAAUCAAAUCAAGUACUAUGGGUACCAAUGAUGGAACAAGCUAUCAGUAUAAUAUAUGAUUUGGCAGAAGCGCCCGAUUCUAUCAUGUGUUAUCUUCUUCGUUCAACAGCUGAAAAAUUAAUGCAAUUCAAAUCAGUUUUGCCUAAUCCGGUUAAUUCAAAUGAAACUGCAGUAGAUAAUAAUCAAAUACUUGAUAAAUUAGUACAGAGUGAUGAUGAUAAUGAUGAACAAGAGAAUGUUCCACCAUCAUCUCAAAUGAAAUCAGAUCCAGAUGUGACAUCAUCAUUGAUCAGUGUCAAUGUACCGGCAUUUCUACUUUCAAGAUUCUUAGCAUUAAUUGGUCAUAUUACUUUAAAACAACUUGUCUUCAUGGAAUCGGCUGUACUGACCGAAUUGAAACGACGUGCUUUAAUUCAAGAAGAUCGUGAUUCGAAAAGAAAGUCAAAAUCUCGAAAAAAUAUCAGGCAGUCAAGGAUGUCAAUGAUGGAAAACUCUGUCAAUGUUUCAUCAGGAAUAACAACCGGUCAACCGAAUGUUGAUGAAGAAUCUGGUCUAGUUGGUGUAGCAGCUGAUGAUACCGAAGCAGAUUACAUACGUCAUAUAUGCGAUCACGAAUUAUUAAAAUCACCUGACCUUGUCUUAAAUCCAUUAUUAAAUUUCGUCACUUAUGUUUGUUCACAUCCGUCAAGAUUCGCAGAUGAAACUGUACAGGCAUCCGCCAGUCUUGGAUUAGCAAAAAUGAUGCUUGUCAAUGCUGAAGUAUGUGAACCACGUCUUCAACUAUUAUUUACAAUGGCUGAACGAAGUCAAUCAGAAAUAGUCAGAGCUAAUUUAAUUGUAGCUUUAGGUGAUUUAUGUCGUCGAUUCCCUAACCUCAUUGAACCAUGGACACCAAAUCUAUAUGCUCGAUUACGUGAUACCUCAGCAAAAGUUCGUACAAAUGCAUUGAAUACAUUAAGCCAUUUAAUUUUGAAUGAUAUGGUGAAGGUUAAAGGUCAAAUUAGUGAGAUGACUGUUUGCUUGGUAGAUGAAAUUGACCGACUGAAUAUUUUAGCUCGUCGAUUUUUCCAUGAAUUAUCACAAAAAGGAAACUCAUUGUAUAAUGUUGUACCAGAUAUUAUUAGUCGAUUAAGUGAUCCAAAUAUUGGUGUUUCAGAAGAACAUUUUCGUUCUAUUAUGGAGUUCCUUAUUCCGUUGAUUGUAAAAGAACGUUUGUGUGAAACAUUGGUUGAAAAGCUAUGUGCCAGAUUUCGUACAACGACUUUAGAACGACAAUGGCGUGAUUUGGCUUUCUGUUUAAAUGCAAUGCCAUUCAGUGAUCGAAUGAUGCGAGUAUUAUAUGAAAAUUUACCAGCAUUUGCAGAUAAAUUAUGUGUUCAAGAAGUUUACGCUGCAUUUGAUUCCAUAAUAUUGAAUGUAAAGAAAUUAAUUAAACCAGAUAAUAUGGCUAGACUAGAAGAAUUUGAAACUAAAGUAAAAGAGAUGUUUUUUGUCAGUGUAAAUAUUUACUGUUCUAAACUUAUGGAAUAAUGGAUGGCUCAACGGUUUAUUGCAUUCAUUCUUUAACCAUCAGGCCCCAGGUCCGAACCCUAUCUUACUUAUUUCGGUUUGAGCAGUUUGACAGUAUCACUACCCCUCGUAUUUAGAUUGUGACUCGAAACCAAGUACAUAAAUCUGUACACGGUAAAUAAGUUAAUAAUACUAACAAUAAUUUCUAAACUUGCAUUAUUUAACCUUGAUCUUUGUG